CCCAGUAGGCCGGCUGAUCUCUCUUCUCUUCUUUUCAUGACUGCCUAGCACUGCAUAUAAGCAGGGUUACUCACAGCUCACUCACAGGGUACGCGAGAGAGGCGUGGCCCCGGCAUCACACACAGCAGUCCGGCACCGGAGAAGCAAGGUCACACUCAUCCACCCCGGUACAAAAGGCGGGCUACCCCUUUUCACCAAGCAGAGAGUCGUCCGCGUCAGCUAUUAAGCAAAGUGGAAGGACAAAACAAAACCGCGUCAAACAUGUCUCCUCACGCCGUUGACGAGUCAGGGGAAGGACAAAAAACUGCGUCAAACAUGCCUCCGCACGCCGUUGACGAGAAGCCCCCCACCGCGGGACGGAACUGGAUCAUGGGGACGGAGGCGUUCCAGCGGAGGAUGCCUCACCACGACGGCAUCAAGGCCCUGUGGGAGACCAAGUGGAAGUUCCCCUGCACCCUCGGCGUCUACCCGUUUCACGAUGGCAAGUACGAGGAUUUUGAGCCCAUCUUCAACUACCUGAUCGAAAACAACAUCAACGACGGCACCUCCACAUCCUACACCGACGCCUUCCUCCCGGCCGCCUCCUCGCUCGCCUCCCGCGGCGACGCCGCCCUCGCCGACGGCCGCCCCCGCGACGCCUCGGCCCUGUACCUGCGCGCCUGCGCCGUCUACCGCAUCGCGCGCUUCCCCUACGUGGCGGACCUCCCGCAGGGUAACGGCGGCGGCGGUGUCACGUGCGAGGCCAAGUGGGCGGCCUGGACGGCGCAGAAGGAGGUGUACAUGCGCGCCGCCGCGACGUGGGAGGCUCCCGUCGAGGAGGUGCUGGUGCCGUAUGGUGCGGGGAGGGAGGGGAGGGGGAUACCGGUUUAUGUGCGCGUGCCUCCUGCUGUUGAUGCGGCUGGGCCGGAGGGGUCGGAGAAGGAGAAGAAGAAGUGUCCUGUCGUGGUGCUGAUGACGGGGCUGGAUGGGUAUCGGCCUGAUAAUACGGUGCGGUGCGAUGAGUUCCUGGCCCGCGGGUGGGGGUCUGUCGUGGUGGAGAUUCCGGGGACGGCGGACUGUCCUGCUGAUCCGGCGGAUCCGGCGGCGCCGGAGGGGAUGUGGGAUAGUCUGCUUGAGUGGAUGGGCGGGGAUGGAAGGUUCGAUAUGGCGAGGGUGAUGGUCUGGGGGUUGAGCUCCGGGGGUUACUAUGCUGUUCGCAUCGCGCACACGCAUGCGGAUAGGAUCGUGGGGUCGAUUGCGCAGGGGGCCGGGUGCCAUUACUUCUUUGACCGGGAGUGGUUGGAGACGGUGGACGGGCAUGAGUAUCCAUUCCAGUUGACGCCCGCCAUGGCGCUGAAGCACGGAUACGCCUCCGUCGAGGAGUACAAGAAGGGAGCGCAGAAGAAGUUCUCCUUGCUGGAGAACGGGAUCAUCCAGAAGCCGUCCACCAGGCUCCUUCUCAUCAACGGCACACUUGACGGACUUAUGCCGAUUGAGGACUCGAUGAUGCUAUUUGAAUACGGGACACCGAAAGAGGCCAGGUUCUUCUCCGGGGCCCUUCACAUGGGCUAUCCCAUGGCAAACGGAUCAGUGUAUCCCUGGAUGGAGAGUGUGAUGGCCUCGGUCCGACCUGCCUGAGGGGUGUCGGGAGACGAACCUCGGUGUAGAUUUUGAUGUUAGGGGUAGCUCUAGCAAGGCCAGAACAUGGAUCACUUGGAGGCGGAAGAAAAGGGGGGGGGAGG